AUGAGUGGAAUUGGAUCAAAUCUACUGUUCCACCUUCAGUUGGCGGUUGUAAAAACAAACAAACACAUUGUCAGAAGACUGUGUUGUAGGAGUUGUGAGAGGUUUUUAUUAUUAAUACUGCAGUGCCAUUUCGAUCAACAGGAUUUUCUGGUUGUGGGGGUCGCAGGGGGCCAAGGAGUUGGAAAAUCAACUAUUUUAUCUUUGCUGACGUCUAAUUAUGGAUCUGACAUCUUUGCAGCGCAAAGUCAGUCUCACCAUGAAAGUGGCUCGAAUUGCAUCUCUGGAAUAGAUUUUUACGUGACUAAAAAUCGAGUCAUAUAUUUAGACACUCAGCCCAUUCUCUCUUGUGCUGUCAUGGAUGCAACUGCUUCUUCUUUCGAGCAGAAGAAAACUACUGAUUUCGGUAGUACUGAGUACAACCUGGAACUUCAGUCUCUUCAAUUCAUGGCAUUUUUGUACUCUGUGUGCCAUGUCAUUAUUUUUGUACAAGAUUGGUUCGUGGACCCAAAUUUAGUGAGAUUUCUCCAGACUGCCGAGAUGCUGAAGCUCCGGUCAACGUCGAAUGUAGACCAGGAUUACGUUGAAUAUUAUCCGCAUAUUUUAUUUUUUCAUAAUAAGGCAGAGUUAUGUGAUUUCCAGCCUAAAGAAGAGAGAUGAAGUAUAUGUACCCAAGAAGGUAAAAAUUCUGAUGCCAGAACAGGUGGCCGAAUCCUUGUCAACAGCACCUGAUUAUGAUCAUCUCCUCACAAAGGUUAUUGUGGUUAUUGGACUGUUAGGCACCCUCAGGAAGCAAGAUCUCUGGAAUUUGGAGGAUAAAGAUGUUCAGGACGAUCCACAAAAACGUGAAUUGUUAUUUUCCUUGGAGACAACUAAAAAUUGUCAACCCAAGGAUUUUCUUGUGGAUGCUGAGUAUUCCCUACUGGUAAAGAAAUAUAUGACAUUACAAGGGUGAAACAUCACAACGCCCAACUUUUUCAUUCCGUAGUAUCACAAAGGGAAAUUUUCAAAUUAGAACGUUGGUGAACACAGAUUUGCUCACAUGCCUUGAGAAAUCGCCAAAUAUCUAGAGUUGCAUACACUCUCUGAUUACACAGGACAUUGCUUCCGCCGUUCUUCAGCCUCAAUGUUGGCUGAUGCAGGUGCAAGUAUGACUUUAAUUCAACUUGCAGGAGGGUGGCAGUCACCUGCAGUUGCUCGAGGAUACAUACAGAAAUCCAAGAGAACCAAGAGAAUAAUCAGUCAAAAGAUAAGAGAGUCUUCAAUUUCGAUAAUGCCUCGGCAUUUUUGCAGCCGCAGAUCGACCCUGGAUCACAAAUUCAGCAGCAUUAAUUCCACAAUAACCUCCCAUGUAAAACACAAAACAUCAGGAACGAGACAAUCACGAGAGAGUCCAUAAACGAAAUGACUCAAAAUAAAGAAAAUUAAUUGCCUAAUCUUCAACAUUUCAUUUUUGAAUUAUAAUGAGAAUACACCAGCAGUCCAAAUUCUUCAGAAUUACACAUCAAGAAUUGGAGAGAAAAUUAACAACAAUUUCCCGUUGAAAACAUCCAACUCGAGAAGCGAGACAAUCAGAGGCGAGUUUAAUGACGAUAUAACUAACAACAACAAUGAUAAUUAUAAUACAACGAUCAAUGAGCAGAAUACGCAAGCAAUAAUUACCAAAGACAUUCAAGGUAUUACGAUCAAUAAUUAUGGGACAGUGUAUAUUUACAAUCAUAGAGGAAAAUAAUAAAUAUGAUGACUGAACAAACAAACAUUGCCAAAAAACAUCGAGCUUUUCAAAAGAUAUAAUCGAUGUUUUAUUCAAGUUUCCUAAAGACUUUAACUGUAAGAAACAAACAUGAGAGUUCUUAU